AUGGGAAAUGCAGUUUUGACACCUUGUUUUGUGCAGCAAAACCCAACUUCAUCGUCGUCUUCUUCAAUAAAACUUGUCUUCUGCGAAGGCACGACGAGGUUCCUGACGGGAAAACACGUCGCUAGCGAGAUCAUGUUCGAGUUCCCGGACAAGAUGGUAUGCCACGCUGACUCCUUCUUCAUGGGCCUCCCGGUGCCGUCGUUAGCCAUAGACGACGAGCUCAUGCCAGGCCAAACCUAUUUCAUUCUUCCCAUAGAUCGUUCAGCAUGCAAGGCCCUCUCGCCGGCAUGGCUCGCAGCCCUAGGUUCAUCAUCAACUUGCCCUAAUAAAACCAGUAAGCCGUCGUCGUUGUCACCAUGUCCGAUCAAGUUUGGAGAGAACCCUAGUCCUUUUGAGUACAUAAAGGGCUCCAAUGGGAGGGUUCUGAUAAAGGUGAAGCCAGAGUUCAUCACGAGGCUUAUUAAUGGAAAUAAUGACAAAGAAACAGAUCGUAAUGGUGAUAUUAACUAUAGCUUUCUGUGUAGUACUCCCGAGUUGAAGAAGCACUAUGAUCGGUCACCCAAGCUUGAGACCAUUUCGGAGUACAAGGUUAGGUUUUCGCCAUGCAGGUUCUUGGGCUUAGAAUGGAAAGAAAAAGAGAAAAAUGUAUAUGAAUCGAUUUCAGAACAGAGAUCUAUAGAUGAUGAUAUAUAA